AUGAAAGAUAAACCAGCAGAUACUAAUUUGACUCCAUCAACAUCGAAUAACACAAGUGUGUUUGCCGUUCAAAAACCCAAAGACGAUGAGACAACUUUCGCUCUUAAUGAUAUGAAAGAUGGUGAGCAAGAAGACUGCAAACAGAAAGAAUCAUCACCUAUGAUGAUAGACACUGACGAACACGAAGAAACCGCAAAUCGUGUUGAUAAUAAUGAUGCUGAUGGUGAUGAAAGUAAGAAGACGAAAACUGAGGAUAUCAAGAACUUUUGUUGUCAAAAGAGGACAUGA